GGGCGCUCCACCAAUCGGAGGGCGGCGGGUGAGGGCGGCGCGGGAGACGGGGAAGGUGGCGGCGCGGAGGUGGCGCGAAGCCGCCACGUGUCCGCUGGGUCCCGGCGCCCGACCCCGCGCCAUGAAGUGCAUCAUCGGCGGUGGCAACGUGAAAGUCCUCGGCCGAGCUGUGUACUCCCUGUCCCGCAUCGGCGAGGAGCUCUACCUGGAGCCCACUGAGAGUGGGCUGUCCCUGCGCGCCAUCAACUCGUCCCGCUCCGCCUUCGCCUCCUUCCUCUUCGCACCCCUCUUCUUCCAGCGGUACGAGGCGGGCGGCCCCCAGCCCAACACCGAGCUCUUCCGAUGCAAAGUGCUCAUGAAGUCCUUCCUGGGUGUCUUCCGCUCCCUGCCCUCGCUGGAGAAGACGGCGGAGAAAUGCCUCAUCCUGCUCAAACCCCAGCUCAGCCGCUUGGUUGUGCAGCUCCACUGCAAGUACGGCGUCACCAAGACCCACAACCUGAUGUUCCAGGAGUGUGAGCGGCUUCAGGCUGUCUUUGACACCCAACAAUGCGCCAGCAACCUCCGUGCCCCGGCACAGGUGCUGGCUGAGGCUGUGGUUCACUUUCCCCCCACACUGGCUGAGGUGACGCUGAGGGUCGACCCCGAGGGCAAGAUCAGCCUCCGAAACUAUGUGGAGGAUGAGGCGGAGCCCAGCAAGACGAUGGUGACGGAGCUGUGGAUGGCCAAGGACGAGUUCCAGACAGUGGCUGCGGCCCCGGGCUCCCACAUCACCUUCUGCCUCAAGGAAUUCCGGGGGCUGCUGAGCUUCGCAGAGGCCUCCAACCUGCCCCUCAGCAUCUACUACGACACACCCGGCAGGCCGGUGGUCUUCACCCUGGAUGACACGGUGCUGGAGGUCACCCUGGUGCUGGCCACCCUUUCAGACCCACAAAGCAACUCCCAGCCCCCCACAGCCAAUGGCGUGUCCCACCUCCCUGCCCCAUCAGACGACUUCCCUGAUGACCUCGAGUCCUACAUGAUUGCAAUGGAAACCAGCGCCUACGAGGAGAGCUCACGGGACCCCCCCAGCCCCACCUUCCCCCUGCGCACCCCACAUCCCCCCAACAGCGACCCCGAGGAGGGGGAAGAAGAGGAGGAGGAAGGCAGCGCUGUACCAGGGACCCCCCCUCACAAGAAGUUUCGCUCGUUAUUUUUCGGCUCAGUGUUGACACCAGGAGGGCCCAACCUGGCCCCAACCCAGGAGGUGCUGGCAGAGGACAGCGAUGGCGAGUACUGAGAGCCCCGAGCUGCUCACACACACACACACACACAACCCCCCAUAACCCCCAAAUUACAAGUUUAUUCCCCCCAAAAAAAGAGUCCUCCUGCUCACCCCCCCCUUUGCCCCUCCACCUCCACAGGGUUGGGGCUUUGAGCCCCCCCCCCAUAAUCUUAGGCUUGGAAUUGGGUUGCUGGAGCGUGGUGGUGGCUGGGGAAGGGAGAAGGAGGGGGGGGGGGUGUGUGUUCAGGAUCUUCCAAAUAAAAAAGCCCCCCCCAAAAGGAGUUGAAAGCAAAAGCGACCUGAUGCUGAGGGAGGAGGGUGGCUCGUGCCUCAUUUCUUGGCUUUGGCAGAGUUGCGGGGAGGGGUGACGGGGCGGCCGGCGGGGUUCAACCCACUGAACUGCCCGUAUUUGCCCUUGUUCUUGUCAGCUGGCUUCAGAAUCUGCAGGAAAAGGGGGUACAAAAGGUAAAGGGGGGGGCUGCAUGUUUCACCCCAGCACCCUGCUCCCCUCCUGCAUUGAGGGUUGAGGCGCCAUUGAGCUCCGCGCUCCCUUUGCACCCAUCCAGCAGGAAUUAGGGGUCUCCUGUGGGCACUGGGGGCUGUUCUAUGCGUGUGUCCCCCCCCCCCCCCACUUCACCCCUGCAGCGUCCCACCUGAAAUGAGCACAUGAGGGUCUCAUCCACGCUCAUCAUGGCCCCUGCGUUGUCGAACUCGCCGCAGUAGUUGGGUGCUGAGAAGAGGGUGACGAGCUGGCGCUUGGCGAAGAACUCGUAACCGUCCUCCACCACCUGCACGGGCAGCACGGGGCUGAGCUGCGCCCCAAAAGCACCCCCCCCAAAAUUAGACACCUCCCCCAGGAGCCCCAUUUGUGUGGAUCCAAGAGUUCCAGCCCUAGCAGUGUUCAAGGCUGGGUUGGAUGAGGCUUGGAGCAACCUGCUCUAGUGGAAGGUGUCCCUGCCCGUGGCAGGGGGUUGGAGCUGGAUGAGCUUUAAGCUCCCUUCAUCCCAAACCAUUCCAUGAAAUAUUGCCCCUGAGGGGCAAAUAUGAGGGGUAGAAAGACCCCCCCUGUGCCAAAUACCCCCCUGGGGACCCCAGCCCGUACCUGGUGCGCCCGGCAGAUGAGGUCCAGGUCGUGCUUGUGCAGGAACUUCGCCACCACCUCGGCGCCGAAGGUGAAGGAGACGCCACGGUCGUUCUCCCCCCAACCCUGCACGUCCUUGUCGGGGUCAGACCAGAGCAGGUCACAGAGCAGGCCCUGAUCCGGGACAUCCGUGGGGCGCAUGAUCCGCCGGAUCUGCUCCAUCGACUGCAGGUCGGGAGACAGCCCUAUGGGGUAAGAGAUGGGGGGGUUACAGCAGGUCCUUCCUCUUCAGCAACACCCCCUGGGGCACCCCAAAAGUGCCAGGCAGGUCCGUGCCCACCUCCGUGGCAGCAGAAGAUCUUCUCGUCCACGAUAGCAGCGAUGGGCAAACAGUUGAAGCAGUCGGUGAACGUC